AUGCUGUGUCAGUCUAUACCGCUGUCCAGUGGAGAUUUUCCUUUAACGAAGACAUUGAAUAAUAUCUAUCUAUUUUUACCUAUCUAUCCAUCUAUGUGUGUUCAGUCAUCUAUCUAUCUAUCUAUCUAUCUCAACCUGUUCAUAUCUAUCUCAGUCUGUUCAUAUCUAUUAUCUAUCUAUCUAUCUAUCUAUCUAUCUAUGUAUCUAUUAAUCUUUUCAACUGUUCAUUUCUAUCUCCAAUCUGUUCAUUUUAAUCUAUCUAUCUAUCUUUCUCAGUCUGUUAAUAUUUAUCUCAGUCUUUCAUAUCUAUCCAUCUGUCUUUGUCUAUCUAUCUAUCUAUUAUCUAUCUAUCUUUGUCUGUUCAUAUUUAAUAUCUAUCUAUCUAUCUAUCUAUCUUCUAUCAUCUAUCUCAUCUGUUUUAUCUAUCUAGUCUGUUCAUAUCUAUCUAUCUAUCUAUCUAUCUAUCUAUCUAUUCUAUCUAUUAUCUAUCUAUCUCAGACUGUUCAUUUCGAUCUCAAUCUGUUCAUAUUCUAUCUAUCUAUCUAUCUAUCUUUCUAUCUAUCUAUCUAUCUAUCUAUCUAUCAAUUCAUUCUGUUAAUAUCUAUCUCAGUCUGUUCAUAUCUAUCUCUCUUCUCUCUCUCUCUUUAUCUAUCUAUCUCAGUCAGUUCAAUCUAUCUAUCUAUCUAUCUAUAUAUCUAUCUAUCUAUCUCAGUCUGUUCAUAUCUAUCUAUCAAUCUAUCAAUCGCAGUCUGUUCAUAUCUAUCUAUCUAUCUAUCUAUCUAUCUAUCUAUCUAUCUAUCUAUCUAUCUAUCUAUCUCUUCUGUUUCUAUCUAUCUAUCUAUCUAUCUAUCUAGACAAUCUUACACGUUUAUAUAUUUAACUCAGCCUGUAUCUAUCUAUCUAUCUAUCUAUCUAUCUAUCUAUCUAUCUAGACAAUCUUACACGUUUAUAUAUUUAACUUCUAUACUUUAUUGUAUUUUUGGGGGCUAUCUUUCUAUCUAUCUAUCUAUCUAUCUUUUCAAUUGUUAUCAUUAUCUAUCUUCUUCUAUCUAUCUAUUUUUAUCAGUUUAUAUUUUAACUCUGCCUCUAUUUAUCUAUCUAUCUAUUGUUCUGUUUAUUUAUCUUAUUAUCUGUUCCUGUUUUUUUUCACCUUUUAUAUCCCCAUUAUCUAUCUAUCUAUCUAUCUAUCUAUCUAUCUAUCUAUCUAUCUAUCUAUCUAUCUAA